AUGCAGAUAUCUGUUGAUGGUCCUCCAGCAGCAGAAUUUCCGUUUCAGACUGCUCUGUGGAAGUGGCACGGGAAAAAGACAAGGCGGGUACCCUCUAAAAGCUACACACCGGUGUCUGUACCAGCAGCGUCUCAACAUUCUGUAACAAAGUCGUGUUCUAGCAGUUCAAUGCUUGUUCCAAUUUCGGCUACCACUGGUUCACCUGCUCCAAGUCCCCUUGGGGAAAUACUCACUGACCCCCUACCACCUGGCAGUACCAGUUCUGCCGUGCCUACUGUCUCAUCAUUGGUUCCUACUUCAUCACCUGUGACACUUGCAAAGCAGAAAACAAUCAAAACAUUCUUUUCCAGCGUAGCGUCUUCAGAGCAAUCACCAUCACCGUUGUUACUGAAGGAAAAUAAACAACACCGCACACUUCCAACUAGCAUUACAGUAUCAGCUGCUGUUCCUGCUGCAUCUGUUCCUUGCAGUACAAUCCCUUCGGAUGUAACUGAUGAACAAUUUGGACGGCAAGUGGUUUUGCUUCCACGCCAUCAAUGUCAGAGUCGUAUAGACGGUAGAAAUGGUUCAAACGCGUGCACAAUAAUUUGUGCCUUGUUUUGCAAGGAACUCAUUUCAACCGAAUCAGCAUUGUGUGGCAAUUGCUCUCACCUUCAGUCAAUGAUGUGCAACUGCAUGAUGGAAGGAAACAAGAUGUACGAUCGAUUAGGACUAACAGGUAUGUACUUGUUCUGGAAACUUCCGGAACAUUGACACGUAGUAGCUAUAACCAGUUAGUUCCGGUACUGGGUAGUUACCUUAGCUCUCUAGAUGUUUCUAGAACGUCUAACUAACAGGUAUAUAAACGGUGCUACAUAGAGUAAGAGACAGAGUGCGAGUUGAGUUGAUACGACGUUUGUAGUUCUUAGUGUGCUUUGUAUUAGAGUAUACAUAUUUCGAAAUUCC